AUCGUUCUUCCUCGCUCUGCAGUGCACCGUCUUCUCAAAUCUCUCCGAAGCAAAGCAAGCUUCAUCGAUCUUCCCCUCGUGUGGUUUCUUUUUCUUAAAGGAGAAUGGCUACAGCCACAUAUCCGCCUCCUCCUCCAUAUUACAGACUCUACAAGGAUUACUCAGAAAACCCUAGUUCUGCUCCUGAACCUCCUCCUCCUAUUGAAGGAACCUACGUUUGUUUCGGAGGCAAUUAUACUACUGAGGAUGUUCUUCCGAGCUUAGAAGAGCAAGGAGUGCCUCAGCUUUAUCCCAAAGAUUCAAAUGUUGAUUACAAGAAAGAACUCAGGUCUCUGAAUAGAGAACUACAGUUACAUAUAUUGGAGCUUGCUGAUGUUCUUGUUGAGAGGCCUUCUCAAUAUGCAAAGAGAAUUGGUGAAAUAUCUUCAAUCUUCAAGAAUUUGCAUCACCUUCUCAAUUCCUUGAGGCCUCACCAAGCGGGAGCGACGCUUAUUCACAUCAUGGAACUUCAAAUUCAACAGCGAAAACAGGCCGUGGAGGACAUUAAGAGGAGGAGAGAAGAAGCACAGCGACUUCUAAAAGAUGCUUUCGUCACUUUAGAUGGACAAUAGAGUUUCUACCCAUUAUGUAAACGUGGGAUUCUCCGCAGGGGAACAUAGCCCAUUCUGAUUGUCCCAAAGCUGAAUGACACGUCGGAGAAUUAUCACCUCUUAUUCAGUAAAACAGACACGUCGGAUUACUUCACGUGGACUAAUAGGGACAUGACUUAUUCACUUCAUAGUUCUCUUAAAUAAAUACUACAAAUAGCGAUUGUGGGAUUCAUUUGUUUCCAUUAUGACUCAUUUUCUUUUGCGAUUCUAUUUAUUUUUGUCAACCAGAUUAUUUGUCUAAGGUAAAAGAAAAACUGUUGGCCAACAAAAAAUGAUAAAACAGCUAAAAUUU